GAGAGAGUGAGUCUCACGCCAGGCUGGAAUUCGAGUCAGUCGGUUGACUGAAAAGCUCUCGCGCAGAGCAUCGGCUGGAGUUGCGCGUGGAGCGCGAGCAGCCCGAGCAACAAGAGAGAAACUUCCAGCGCGCGGAAAUCAUGACUGCGCGACCGGCGCGCGGCCAUUAACAAUGACCUUGAACGGGACCGACGCCGCCGUCGCUCCGGCGCUGCUCCAGUCCGCGUGGGACGCGUUACGCGCGCGUCCGUCGCUGCUGCUGUCUCCGGCGGGGGCCGCGUGCCUCGCGCUCGCCGCGCACCUCUGCUUCUCUGCGCCUUUCCUGCUCCUGGAGCUGCUGGGCGAGCGCGCGCCCUGGGUUCACCGCUACCGGAUCGCGGGAGCGCGAGCGGCGGACAAGCGGCGAUGGUGCCGCUGCCUCGCGCGGAUCGCGUACAAGUACGCGGUGGCGGUGCUGCCCUUCGCCGCGCUGCUGCAGCUGCUCGCGCGGCGGAGCGCCGAAGAGUACCGCGCGGCGCCGCCGCUCUUCCGCGCGCUCUCCGAGUGCUUCGCGUGCCUGCUGGUGUUCGACGCGCUCUUCUUCAUCACGCACUACGUCGUGCACGGAAAUCCAUGGCUCUAUCAGAACUUCCAUCGCUCUCACCAUAAAAACCGGGACACUUUCGCGCUGGCUGCCCAGGACUCCAGCAUCGAGGAGCUGCUUUUCCAGCAGGUGCUCGCUGUCAGCAGUGGCAUGCUGGUGGGUUGCCACCCCAUGAGCGAGAUCUUUUUCCAUUUGCUCAACAUCUGGCUGGCAGUGGAGGACCACUGUGGCUACGACUUCCCUUGGGCAAGACACCGGCUGCUGCCCUGCUUUGGAGGACCUCCCUUCCAUCAGGCUCACCACCAGCACUUGAGAGGCAACUAUGCACCAUAUUUCAGACACUGGGACCUGAUCUUCGGGACGUCGCUCCCUAUAUGUGCGGCCAAACCCAGCACAUCUGACUUCACUCAGCAAGCACUUGGCAACUGAUGAGUUGGAAGUGUGGAAAACAUCCAACUAUGCAUUUCAUGUCUGUGAAGUACUGAAGAUUAUCACAGCAGACUUGUGAAAGGUCUAAAUAUUUCAUUAGCUCGGCAUUUGUGGCCCUUCAGACACGUUUCAGAGCUUGGUCGCAAAACCAAAGGAUCAUCUACUCUGCGCUCUUCCAAAUCCAUUGACUGCCUGCCUGCUUUUGAUUCUUUCAGCUGUAAUUGCUUCUAACUGUACAUGCUGCCAACGUACAAGAAUGGACUUGAACCCCGCCCGAGCACAGCCAAUCGUACCCCCUGGUUUUCCAUGUUUAGCCAAGAAUCAAGCUCUUUGACAUGAGGGACACGCAUGAAUGCAGCUAAAGAUGUGAAAAAAGCACUCAUUUAAAACUUUUGUACUUCUUUUCAGGGAGAACUGCUAAAACUCCACAUGGGUAGCUUUUCAGUGUGUACUUUUUCUGUAUGUGUACCAAAGAACACUUUUCAUUAAAAGAAGGUUUAGAAAAGACUUCCAAUUGGCUUCGCUUCCAAGGUUUGGCUCUACAUCGAAGGUCAAAUUCCAACAGUGCCAAGAGUCCAAGAGGUCUUAAUUGGUCCUUUUUAAGUUUAAUGUCUUAAAAUGGUGAAUAAAAAUCAUUGUGCUCAGUUUCUAUACACACAAAAAGUGCUGGGGUAAAAAAAAAAAAAAACGCUGGGCCACAGACAUUAUAAACGGAGGUUUAGUUACUGAAUAACCUACAGGCUGGGUUCAGCCAAUUUCGUUGGCCAACAUUAGCUAGUUACAAUGAAAAUGAAAUGAACCUUUAUUGUCAUUACACAUUGUACUUGUACAUUUGCGCAAUGAAAUUGGUUUACAAGCAAUGAGCAGAUCUAACAGAUGUGGCCCAACUCUGGCUCACACACUUUAAAGUCAGCAGAUCUAACAGAUGUGGCCCAACUCUGGCUCACACACUAUAAAGUCAGCAGAUCUAACAGAUGUGGCCCAACUCUGGCUCACACACUAUAAAGUGAGCAGAUCUAACAGAUGUGGCCCAACUCUGGCCCACACACUAUAAAGUCAGCAGAUCUAACAGAUGUGGCCCAACUCUGGCCCACACACUAUAAAGUCAGCAGAUCUAACAGAUGUGGCCCAACUCUGGCUCACACACUAUAAAGUCAGCAGAUCUAACAGAUGUGGCCCAACUCUGGCUCACACACUAUAAAGUCAGCAGAUCUAACAGAUGUGGCCCAACUCUGGCCCAACUCUGGCCCACACACUAUAAAGUGAGCAGAUCUAACAGAUGUGGCCCAACUCUGGCUCACACACUAUAAAGUCAGCAGAUCUAACAGAUGUGGCCCAACUCUGGCUCACACACUAUAAAGUCAGCAGAUCUAACAGAUGUGGCCCAACUCUGGCUCACACACUAUAAAGUGAGCAGAUCUAACAGAUGUGGCCCAACUCUGGCCCACACACUAUAAAGUGAGCAGAUCUAACAGAUGUGGCCCAACUCUGGCUCACACACUAUAAAGUCAGCAGAUCUAACAGAUGUGGCCCAACUCUGGCUCACACACUAUAAAGUCAGCAGAUCUAACAGAUGUGGCCCAACUCUGGCUCACACACUAUAAAGUCAGCAGAUCUAACAGAUGUGGCCCAACUCUGGCUCACACACUAUAAAGUCAGCAGAUCUAACAGAUGUGGCCCAACUCUGGCUCACACACUAUAAAGUCAGCAGAUCUAACAGAUGUGGCCCAACUCUGGCUCACACACUAUAAAGUGAGCAGAUCUAACAGAUGUGGCCCAACUCUGGCUCACACACUAUAAAGUGAGCAGAUCUAACAGAUGUGGCCCAACUCUGGCUCACACACUAUAAAGUCAGCAGAU